CUCGCACUUCUCUCCAGUCGUGUUCUCGUUUUGGUUGCCAGUUGCUUUUUUCCCCCGUCCAGCGCUCCCACUAAAAGGACUUGGAGGCUUGGUGAUUCCCUUGGGAAGCCCUCAAGGGAAUUCCUGAUGUACACUGGAAUCCAGGUCUCCCUCGGAGCACAAUGCAGUGCUUCAGGAAACAGCCCAAGCUGAGCAAAUCCCAAGAAAUUCUGCUCGUGGAAGAGAGCCGGAAAGUAGCUACUUUGAAUGGGCAAAGGCUAGGUUUGCAAGACGACCAUGACCUCAAGUUCCUGCUGCGGGGAAGUCACCUCUUAAAAGUCAAGUCCACUUCCUGGAGAAGAGAGAGGUUUUACAAGCUCCAGGAAGACUGCAAGACCAUAUGGCAGGAAUCCAAGAAGAUGCUUCGAUCCCCAGAGUCACAGCUUUUCUCCAUUGAAGAAAUCCAAGAUGUCAGGCCAGGCCAUAAGACCGAAGGGAUGGAAAAAUAUGCUAAGGAUGUCCCUGAAGUCCGUUGCUUCUCUAUCAUUUUCAAAGACCAGAAGAAAAACUUGGACCUCAUUGCUGGUUCUGAAACGGAUGCAAAUCACUGGGUAUUCGGCUUGGGAAAAAUCAUUGCCAAAAGCAAUUCAAUGAGCCAGAGGCAGAAAUUACAACACUGGAUUCAUGCUUGCCUGAGGAAAGCAGAUAAAAACAAAGAUAACAAGAUGAGCUUUAAGGAACUCAAAAGUUUCAUGAAGGAAGUCAACAUUCAGAUGGAUGACAGCUAUGCCAGGCAGAUCUUUGAGCAAUGUGACAAAUCCCAGACCAACACUUUGGAAGACGAAGAGAUAGAGGUGUUCUACAAGAUAUUGACCGAACGCAAGGAGAUUGACGGCAUCUUCUCGGACCAUGCGGAGGAGAAUCCAGUCAUGUCUCUGGACCUCUUGGUGCGAUUCCUCCAACAGGAGCAGCGUGAGGAGAAUGCUGGCCCCGAAUUGGCCCUCUCUCUCAUUGAGCAAUACGAACCCAACAAAACAGUUAAAAGGCAAAAGGCCAUGAGCAAAGAUGGUUUCCAGAUGUAUCUGCUUUCCGCGGAUGGGAACAUUUUCAAUAAAGCUCACGGCCAAGUGUAUCAGGAUAUGACCCAACCCCUCAGCCAUUAUUACAUAUCUUCUUCGCAUAAUACCUACCUCAUGGAGGACCAGCUAAAAGGACCCAGCAGUACUGAAGCCUAUAUCAGAGCUUUGAUGAAAGGUUGCCGAUGUGUGGAACUCGAUUGUUGGGAUGGCCCGAACGCAGAGCCGGUCAUCUACCACGGUUACACGUUCACGUCCAAGAUCCUCUUCAGCGAUGCCAUCAAAGCCAUCAAAAAUUACGCUUUCAAAAUCUCUCAGUAUCCUGUCAUUAUAUCUCUGGAGAACCACUGCAGCCUCAACCAGCAAGAGACUAUGGCACGCCACCUCCACUCCAUUUUGGAGGACACAUUGCUGGUGGUGCCAAUUGAUUCCAAAGCAACCAGCCUGCCUUCCCCAGAGCAACUAAAAGGGAAAAUUCUUGUGAAAGGGAAGAAGUUAAUUGCAGAAACAGAAGAAGUUUCAGAUGAAGACGAAGCCGCUGAAAUGGAAGACGAGACUGUGAAAAGUGAGGUAGAAAAGAAGAAAUUGAGCGACAAGCUAAAGCUAGCCAAGGAGCUGUCAGACACGGUCAUCUACUGUAAAAGCGUCCAUUUUCAAGGUUUUGCUGAGCCACAGCCUCAUGACGAGAUGUACUCUUUCAGUGAGGGCAAAAUCCUUAAACUGGCUCAGGAAUCAGGGAUUGACCUAAUGCAUCAUAAUGUCCAGCACCUGAGCAGGAUCUAUCCAGCAGGUUGGAGGACCGACUCAUCCAACUAUAACCCUGUCGAGAUGUGGAACAUGGGUUGCCAGAUAGUUGCUUUGAAUUUCCAGUCCAGGUGCUCGGAAAUGGAUAUCCACCAGGGCCGAUUCCAAGAAAACGGAGGCUGUGGCUAUAUCCUAAAGCCAGAAUUUCUUCGGGACGAGCAGUCCAAAUUCAACCCCAAAUCCAUCACAGAGGGACCGUGGUACAGCCCUAAAAAACUCCGGGUUACGAUCAUCUCUGGCCAACAACUCCCAAAAGUUAACAAAAGCAAAAAUUCCAUUGUGGACCCCAAGGUGGUUGUGGAGAUCCACGGUGUUUCGCGGGAUAACGGGAAGAACCAAACAAAAGUAAUUGAUAAUAAUGGUUUUAAUCCAGCCUGGAACGAAACAUUUGAGUUUGAAAUUGACGUACCGCAACUUGCCCUGGUCCGUUUUAUGGUAGAAGAUUUUGAUGCCUCAACGAAAAAUGAUUUUAUUGGGCAAUUCACAGCCCCUUUCACAAGUCUGAAGCAAGGCUACCGCCACAUUCACCUUUUGACGAAGAGUGGAGAUCAGUACCCAUCUGCCACACUCUUUGUGCAUAUCAACAUUUCGGACAAUUGUUAAAAAGAAGAAACAAACUUCAGGGAAUGCACAAGCGAUCUCGAUCUCUCUCUUUCUUUUUUUUUUUUACAUUUCCCCUGGCAAAGAAAAAAACUCAGCUCUUCGGAGGCCGUGUGUGGUGAUCCAUUCGCGCCUUAAUGCCAGAUGAAUAUUUACAUUGGAAAACAGCUAGAAAAAAAAAUUGCCUUUCGAAAGUUGUGCUUUAACUUUUAAUCCUAGUUGCUUUUCUAGGGCAAAAGAACUCUCAGGAGCUCUUACUGGUGUUGUAGGAGAGGAAUAGUAGUAAUAAAGAGUAAAUAUGUUUCUUUUUAGGUUUAUUUUAAUGCAAUCUGAAUUACGUUUGCACUUCCCCAAAUUUCAUGUUUUCUAGUGUGACAGUGCAAAGGUCAGUGGGGAAAAACACCCAUUCCCUGUGUUAAAUGAAGGACAAUUGCUUUAUAAAAAGUGGGUGUCAGAAGGAAGAAACUCUUAG